AUGGCGCCGGCAGACAAUCUUUCCCCUCCGGGGUCGAGUUCCUAUUCCUCCGAUACCCUGAAUGUGGGUGACGGGACAUGGGACUUUACGAAAAAUACCUUCCUUCUGCCGAAUCUCGUGGGGUUAAACUUUGAGACGAUGCAAUACAAUGGAAUGGGUAACCGAUUUUCGACCGUUGCAGAGUAUCACACCCUCAUUCUUGGCCACGGCGUUCUCGCAGCAAUAACCUUCCUCUUCAUCGUCCCUAUCGCGGUUCUGCUAGUGAGGUUCUUCACUCGCCAACCCGGGAGCGCCGUUCGGUACCACGCAUACCUGCAAAUCCUCGCUGUCGGCCUCACCACCGUUAUAUUCGUCCUCGGUUUCAUCGCUGUCGGCCCGCCGCGCAAUCUCACGAACCCGCACCACGGCAUCGGCGUCGCCAUCUACGUCUUAGUUCUGCUCCAGGCCUUUGGUGGUGGGUUGGUCAGGAAGAUCACCGGCCGCUCGUUCCGUCUGCACGUCCAUCGCUGGUCCGGCCGGGCUAUUACCCUCUUGGGCAUUGUGCAGGUCCCCCUGGGCCUUACGCUGUACGGCUCUCCCAAGGUUCUGUUCAUCCUCUACGCCUUAUGGAUGGGCUUUCUGCUCGUGCUCUACUUUGUUCUGGACUACCGGGACUAUGGACGACAUGAAUUUGUCAGGGGACGCGCUGCUCACAGCCAUGUGGAUGACGAGAGCAGCCGCGUGACGGACCAUCAUGGGGGCAAGAUGAAGUGGCUCGGCCCUCUGGCGAUCGGCGCCGGUGCGUUGGCACUCUUCCGCCGCAAGAAGCACAAGGAUGCCGAGCGUGGCUUGAGUCGGAGCCCGAGCCCCGUGGACCGGCCGCAUCGUGCGACUGUGAUCUCCUCCCGACGGGAAUCCGAUAGCUACUAUGACGAGAAGGAACCGGAACGACGGCGCGCAAGUACCGGCGGUGGAGGUGGUGGCGGCGGUGGCUUCAUGAAUAAGAUUCUUGCGGCUGGCGCUGGGCUGGGCGCCGGUGCUCUAAUAUCUAAGAUGGUGAACAGGAACGACAGACGCCAUGACGACGAGUACUCGGCCGUUGCGACGGACACGCCCAGUCGGCGCAGACACCACCCGGCCAGAAGCGAAUUCACGGAGAGCGAGUACACCGACCGGACGGAGGACACGGGGUACCCGAGCCGCCUUGGCCCUGAAUCAUCUGUUUUGCCGCCACCGCGCCCGCCCGUGGUCGGCGCCGGCCGGCCCCCACGACCUAUGACUCCAAAGCGUUCCCAUGCCGCGACUUCCAGGUUCGACAGCACACUUGACGGUUCCGACUAUUCCUCCUAUGUCAGCCCAUCCCGACGGACAUCAGAGCCGGCGCCGGCGCGAAAGAGCGGGGGUGUUGGAAAGGGACUGCUUGCGGGAAUGGGGUUGGGGUUCUUGACCAAGAUGGGUAAGGACAGAGCGGAUAGGCGGGAAGAGGAGCGGCUGAGGGAUGAGGAAGAGAGGCGGAGGGAGGAAGAGGAGGAAAGACGAGCAGGGCGGCGGAACUCGAGGUACACGGGUGACGGCUACCCGACGCCGACGAGGCGUGAUUCGAGACGGCAAUCUCAAUCUCACCGACCCGCGCCUACGCAGACGACAUUCACCGAGACUUCCAUUUUCUCGGAUGAGUCGUCGAUCGAGCCGCGUGGGAACACCCCGUAUGAUCCAGCACCGCCUGGAUUCCGGCCCCCUCCACUGGGCGCGGCACCAGCCCCCGUGACGCCUCCUAAUCGCACCGGCGCGGCCGCGGUUCCUGUUGUGUCUCCGACCACCGCAGGCCCACCUUCGACCCAGCCCUCACGCUUCGACGUGACCGACCCCGUCUCCAUGCCGCCCAUGCCAGCCGACCCGCACGGCAUCUUCCACCGCGAGUCCGACGGCAGCGAGGCGUAUGGCUCGCCUAAUGAACGCCGUCGUCACCACUCCCGGGAUCCUGUCGGCGUGCGCGUGCGCAUCGACGGGGAUCGACCUGACCGCGUCACUCUACACCGCGUCCCCACCCAGGAAGCCCGUCGGCGCCGCGCGGACUCGAUCAGCUCGCAGUCGGGCAACGAAACCGCUACAGGCAGCAGCCGACGCUACCGUCGUGACUCGACCAGCCGCGGCCGCGCUGAGCGUGCCGCCGAGCAGCGUGUGGAGGGCCUUGUUCCCGGGGAGGACCUGGAGCCACCCACCCCGGCCUUCGCCAAGCGCGCUGCCGGCAAAGACUCGGCAUACUACUCGGGCGGCGCUGGUGCCGCUGGCCCAUCGGGCAGCGUCCCAGCCGCGGGAACCACGAUGUCCAGUUUGCCCGAGAGCCCUGGGCCUAGCACGGCUGCUGGGGCGGGUGCUGGCCCGGGAGCGCCGAGCUUGAUGAGCCCGGGCGGUAGUCACGCUACGUUCACGAGCGGGCCUAUGACCGAUGCAGGCGCUGCGGCGGAUCGUAGGCGGAGGCGGAGGUUGGAACGUCGUGAUGGGAGCCGGCAGCCGACGGUGGAGUUUUCCUGA